AUGUGCCUGACACCUUCGUACCAGCCUCGAUAUGUUGUCGUCGGGGGUCGCAACGUCCACAGAGAAGGCGUUACCAGUCCUACCUUCUCCCCAACUAGCUCCACCGGUCGUACAAACGGCGCCGCUCCUCCCAAGAUCCAACCGAGGCCCAUCGCCAUCGACGACUACCACAUCACCAUUUUCAAGUCAAAGGUAAGAAUCAACACGACAGAGUUCUCCGGCCAAAACCUAAGCCUCUCGAACUUGCAGGACGACUGGGAGCCUUCCUAUCAGUACCCCGUCAGCUCCGUCAUCGAUUGCCAGGUGCAAAUGCUCGCCCACCGCAAACAAGGUCCCGUCUUGCCCACUCUCGUCAUCACAAUCAACGACAAGGAGAAGAAGCGCCGUUCCAGCAGAGCUGCCGGCCUCAUGUCCAGCAAAGAAUCCUCCGCCACCACCCUAUGGUUUCGCACCCCUCCCGACGACCACCACAUCAGCCUCCACGAAUGGGCGCGCUUCAUUAUUUCGAGAAAGCUCCCCAUGAGCCCCGAGGAGAGUCCAGCCUCGCCGUCUUUCACCAACCCGUUUUCGCCCCAACAACGGUCCCGAGAUGCUUCCGACUACUUCCCGCGACCGCCAAGCGGAAACCCAAACCCCAACCCUCGCACAACUCUGCACCAUAAACCGUCGACGCAGACCUACUCAAGUCGGGAACGCCCAGUCACCUUUAGUUCCGACUCUCCGAGCCUGCGCUCGAAACGCAGUGAUGUCUCGUCGCCAACGAGUAUGCAUCACCCUGCUGGUAUGGGCUUUGCGAUGCCCGAUCCCAACAAGUACACCACGGUACUCCCAAGCGACAUUCCGUCUCCUAUCACCACCAUGAGCGACUACCAACAGAGCGAGUUUAUUGAGGGUUGGACCGCUGCCCAGGGACGGUCGUCGACUGUCAGCUCUCCGAUUCGCGGAAGGGGCAGCGUGAGCUCCGGGGGACCUCAACCUUUCCCAGGAGCCGACUCCAGCUCGCCGCCCGCCCCGCGGGAGACAAUUCUGGACAGAGCUUUCCAGCUCAGGUGCAUUCCUGGGUCCGAACGCGAGGUUCCGGGUGAAGAGAAACUGACGUCCUUGGCUCGAUUUGAUGCAUUGAUGAGAGAGGCAGACGCAAAGAGACGCCAGCAAGUCAAGGCGGCAGAGGCCGAGAGGGCUGCCAUGCAAAGUGCUUUCGACAUGGACGAGGACUCGUCUGAGGAAGACCAGGAUUCCGAUGACGACGAAGACGGGGAGCCAGACGAGUACGCGCAUGAGACGGACGUGAACGGCAAUCGCCACACGUUGAUUGCCCCCAACGCUCAGCGUGCCCUCGAAUACCUUUCCAACCGCCCGGAAAACCCACUGUCGCCUCGCUCACCCGUGAUGAGGAGCUCACCAGCCAACUUCAGCGUUCCGUUGCAGGCGCCCACGCGCCCGCACACGGCACAUUCCAGAAUGCGGCCGAGCACAACGUCAAGGACAUACAGCCAGCCUCAGCCAAUAGGCCAAGAAAGGCUUGACGUCCCAACCUCAUCAACUGGUAAGAUAUCCGAAGAGAGCCUCUCCCGAGCCAAUGGAGAGAAGCGAACGUCCGGCUCCAGCGCCAAGCGACUCAGCUUCACCGAGUUCACCAAGCGUCUCUCCAGCACCAGCAGCUUACUUCUCGUCCAGACCAACACGAGCGGCGGGAGCAGCUGCGGAAGCAGCGAGUUCGACCCAAGUCCAUCACAGGUACCCAAAGGUACUUUGAACGCUAGAGGCGUCCCCCCAAGACCCCGUGAUCUGGAGCGAGAGGAACACGAACGACGGUGCGGGUGGCGGAACAGCGUAGGCUUCGCCGAGGGCGGCCUGAUUUGA